CACAUAUACGUAUCAAUAGGAGCCAUGGUUCCUAAGGGGUUUACGAUUUGUUUAUUGAUGAUAGGGCGUGGAAUAAGUCCUCUGUCUUCGAAAAUUUUCUCCCAAGUGAUGCAAUGACUAUCCUGAAUAUCCUUGUUAGGGGUUGUCGUGGUGAUGAUGAAAACCUUUCUGUUGAGGGAGGUGUGUUCCGUGACGGGGUUGGCUCCCCUUUAGAUGGAAACCUUUAUGGAAAGCUAUAUGGAAACUUGAGGAAAUGUUUUAUGGGCUGCGAUGCAAGUUUUGUAGAAGCAUUUGAUUAUUAUUCUUCCCUUCCUUAUUUGGGCUUUUUGGCGAUUUCAAGAAUUGUUGGAGUCUGUCGAACUGCUGAUAUAGGGUGGUUUCUACGACCGAGGUGCGUAACAGGGUUUGCGGCUAUCCUACUGUGGGAUGUGUGGAAUUACGGAAAUGUGGUGAAGCGUUGCGGGUUCGAGCCUGAUCGUGAUGCUCUGUUGAGAAGAAUCUUCUUUACACUUGAAGGGAGAUGGGGCUCCAUUUUCGCUUAGGAGGGGGGAACCCGGUGCAUCAUGCUUCUUAGAUUCCGCCUAACGUUGGGGUGUGGAUGCUCAAUAUCGACGCCUCGUGGUUGGAGGAUGUUGGGGCGGGUGGGGUUGUUCGUGACCUCUCAAGGUCUCUCUCAUCUACGGGUUGCAUGCCCGUUCUCUCAAAGUGGCCAAUAACAUUUUUGGAAGCCUUUGGCCUUAUCAAACGGCUCCAGUCUCUGUUUUCUCUAUUUCCUAGUGUCAUUCUAUUUCUCAUUGUGAUUGUUUGAUUGUUUUGAUCUUACUUGUGUCCUUCGACUUAGUGUUGUGAACCUCUAUGAGAUGAAUGAUUUUUUGGCUGAGAUUAAAGGUCUGUUGUGUUGUGAUUACUCACUCUCAGGUAAUGCGAAUGAUAUGGUUCGUUGUCUUGCAGGUGGUUCGUGUGUAAUUUUCUUUAAGUAUAAAGUAUUUUAUCUCUUCAA